GUUCCAUUCAAUUCUUUGCAGCUCACACUACUUUUUUCUUUUUUCCACCUUCCUUAUUUAUUCUUUCCCUCUUUUUUUUCUUCUUCUCAUACGCAGGUGUGCCUUGUCUUUCUUUCUUUCUUUCUUUUUUCUCCUUUCUUUUCACAAUCUGCCACUGACUCAUGUUGCAGCAUCCUCUGGAUCCUGCGCCCCAUCCAGCUGAGGCUUUAGACUCUUUUACCACUGUGUCUCAUGUUGAAGAAGGCCCGACUCAUAUUCCUCCUCGUGUAUCUUCUCCUUCUCCAGAUACAAUUGUCCGCGCAGCCAGUCCUUUUGGACGCCGAUAUUUGAAACCAAUCAACGGGAUUCAAACCAAAGGGUUUGCACGAUCAGCACAACGGCGAUCUUCCGUGUUGACCUUGGGUUCGAUUGAACGCUUGCAGCACUUUUACGCUAAAAAGGAAUUGAAAACAAACAAAGUAGGCACACUCGGUUUUAGCGCCACGGCUCUUACGGAGGAACCAGAUGACCUGGAUCAACUACCUACGCCCAAAGCACCGCCACCAACUUGGAUUGAUUUGGAUGUCGAAACGGAUCUGGAUGUAUUGCUGGGUUAUUGUUUCCAAGAUAUUCAAAGCACACUGGCCACUUGGGCCAUGGUAACCGGCCCUGGCCAUGCUUCAUCCGCCACUGAAUCGGAUUCAGAUUCGGAAAGUGGAGUGUUUCAGAUUCUACCGCUGUUGCAUUCCGUCACGAAAAUGCUGAAUUCUGUCAAGAAUUAUACUCUGCAUCGACAUGAUCUUCCGGAUACAUCGCUAUCGAAGCUUCGUCAGUCAGCACUUCAUCUUUUGGAAGCGAUGAAGAUACUGGAGAAUCAACACCGUGUCGAUGAGGAUGACGAUGCUCGAAGUGAAGACGGAUAUAUCUAUCGCACAUCCGAUUUCAAUAUGCUGGAAAAGGAACGCCAAGCCAUUCUUGAUUAUUUAUGUAUUGUGGAGCAAUGUGCAUUCAAUCCGCCGCAUCACAUCGGAAGUCCUCCGGCCGUCUUCACUCCCGAAAUCAAAGCAUUGAUGGCCAGAACGUCGAUCACCGGAACAUCGACGCCUACAAACGAAGGAGUACACACACCACAACACUCUGCCAUCCCGGUUUGGCUUGAAAGGGGUGCUUUUCUUGAUAAUGAUUUAGCUCGGUAUCAUGCAUUAUUGAGUGAUUACAGACGGAUCGAUUCCGAUGGCUCCGCAAAUGCGCAAGUUGAUAUUCCGUCACCGGAGGAAAAUGAGGAUGAUUUCUUGCAAUUUCUUGCGGACGGCAUUAUACUGUGUAAUGUAUAUAACAAUAUUGUCAAACGAUCUCGACGCCCGUUUGGUUUUAUCAGCAAGAUCCAUCAAGAUACACGCCGGACUUAUCGAGCGAUCGAAAACUUACGAUUCUUUGCCGCAGCUUGCAAAUUUAGGUUCGAACUCGUCUUUGACCCAUUUGAUCCAGCAGAAGUAGCUCGUAAAACCGAUAAAGGACUUCAUCAGUUAUUGAAAGCAGUGACCAUUUUUUGCGAUUGCGUCAUUCGUGAACUGCGCCAGGACGUUGAUAUGGCUAGACGAUCGCUUCCAACACGCCCACCCAUCGAGCUGAAGAUAUCGGAAUAUAUGGAAAAGAAAUUGUUCAUCGAUGAUGCACAAGAAGACGACGACACUACUUAGUCCUAUUUUUUUUCACUCACUACUCAAUUCAUUCCCUUAUCACAGUCUUUCCUUUUUUUUCAUCCGUACUUUGCCGCACACAUACUAGAUAUAUCUUAUGUUUAUUCCCCAUUAUUAGACUAUUGACAUUCAUUUCAAGAGUUUUAGAAUACAAUACCAUGAAAUCAGAAAACCUUUCAUUUUUCAG